AUGAAUGUAAUAUUAAGUUUUUUGUUAAUUUACUGUACGGGUUUCAGUGAUGGAUACAUUGUUGGGGCUGGAUUGAACGUACGUUUCGCUCAAAUGCUGUACACGGACACGAAAUACCAAGUACUACGCGAAGAGAUGAUCAAAGCCAACACCCGAAACCUGGUAUACCAUUGUCGCGCUGAUAAAACCGACUGCGACGCAGCCUUGGCCAAGAUGCGUUAUAAAGCUAGCAAGCACUUCUAUGCGCUCGCCAAGGCCGUGGUAGACUAUGUUAAGAAUAAACGCCAAGCACGGCCCACUGGAUAUGUUGGCACGGCGACGUUCUGCCAAGACAAUAUCUGUGUUCCGGACACCGAUCCACCGAUCGUGAUAGGAGGAUGUUACACGCUGGUCUCCUGCGGCGGAAACCAAACCUGGCACCUGGACCCCGUUGUCUACAAGAAAAAGAAAUCUAGAAUGUUUUAG